AUGAACAUCGCAGCAAUAUAUUCCUUUAUAUAUUCUCUAUGGGCGGUCCCUACCUUCCUUCUCCCACAUACAAUCAGAGUGUCUAUCAACAGAUCUCAAUAUGAGGUCCAUUCGUUCCCUAAUACUUCCUUGCCGCUUAGCUGGGCUGGCCGACUCCCUGUGCCUGAAACGCCUGCAGGCAAUUCAUUGUUCUUUUGGCUUUUCGAGGCCGAAGAUCGUACGUACGAUGAAAACCUCAUAAUCUGGUUCAAUGGAGGCCCCGGCUGUUCGUCCCUUAUAGGGCUAACGACAGGAAAUGGACCGGUCUCCUUUGACGGCAACUCCACUCGCCUCAUCCAGAACCCAUAUUCGUGGACCAAGCUAGGCCACGUCCUCUACGUCGACCAGCCGGUAGGAACGGGAUAUUCGACUGCGAGUAACCCUUAUCCUGUCCCAGACAACGACCGCGUAACAUCCGACUUCUACAAAUGGCUCCGGAAUUUCUUCACUCUGUUCCCUCACCUUCGCUCGAAACAGGUCCAUAUGAUCGGAGAAUCAUGGGCCGGAAUCUACAUCCCCUACUUUGCCUCCGCCAUUGUGCAAGGGCAGGACUCGUUCCCCAUCAACCUCCGGUCCCUCUCCAUCGGCGACGGUACCAUCGGCAACGCUGCCGCUAUGUCCACCAUCACCAUCGGGUCGUUCAUGCGUUCCCAGAAAGACAUCCUCCAGGUACCCAAUGACAUCCUAUCUGUCUUUGCAGAAGCAGAGAAAACAUGUGGAUUCGACCACAUCCUCCAAGCAGCAGACCAAUAUCCUCCCAAGGGCAAGAUUCACAUCCCCGGAAAUCCAGAAAACAGGAACUACAAACGCCACCAGCACCUCGAUGUUCGCAAUUUAGUAGACGAAACAUGCAAUAUCGAGCCCACUACGCCCGACAUGGUCAGGACAUCCAUCUUGAAUUCCACCUGCUACGGACCCUGUGCGACCUUCGCCACGGCAUUCGAUUACUUGGGCGCCAUGUCUGCCUCGGGCGCAGGCAAACAGUGUCACGAUAUCUACGACACCCACAAUGACUGUGAUACCAUCGACCCCCUUAAUUUACUCGCCUCAUACUUCAGCCGAGCAGAUGUUCAAGUCGCAUUGAACCUGCUUCCCGCCGCAGCAGGGAAGGACAACCAGGAAAACAGUCCUGCUACUCCCUCCCCAAUGAACUUCGCCCCCUGCAACAGCACCAUCCUGACUACUCUUCUAUCAAGCUCAUCCCCCGUGGCCCCGGCAUACUCUAUCCUUCCUGAUCUUGUCACAACCCAUAAAAUCCCCCUCCACAUCUACUCCGGCGAGAACGACUUUCUCCUCAACCAUUUCGGCACCGAGCUGAGUCUCCAGAAUAUGACAUGGAAUGGAGCACAAGGGUUCUCCCAGAAACCUAACCGACCGUUUUUCAGCGAUAAUGCUGCACCCACCCAUUCCUGUGACAAGGAGAAUACAACAGAAACGUGUGGUGUUGAGGUGGGCGUCUGGGGGUCAGAACGCGGGGUGACUUAUCAUCUCUUUUGGGGCGCAGGGCACAGUGUGUUUGGUAAGAAGCCACGCGAGAUGUUUGCUUAUGUGCGUGAUGUUGUUGUUGCAGGUUGA